CCACAUUAAAAGUUGAAGUGUCAUUCGUUUUGGCAUUGGCCUUGUCCAAAUCUCCCUCUUCGAAACUCGGGUGAGCUGAAUGUGAAACCAGGGGCAACUGUAGGAGGAGCUCAGAAGCCGAACUCCAUGGCUCAGAUUCUUCAGAAGCUCGUGGAAGUCGGAUCCAAGCUCGGCUUUCUUCCCAGCACUAAAGAUUCCAUCGUGAAGCUCUUAAAGCAAGGUUCAGCAUGUCUCUCUGAUUUGGAUCAGUCACCACCUAAAGCUGUUUUGGAGGCUAUGCAGCCUUUUCAAAAUGCUAUUGUACAACCUGAACUUCUAAAACAUCAAGACAGGGAGAUUAAACUUCUUGUUUCUACCUGUAUAUGCGAAAUAAUGAGAAUUACAGCACCCGAGGCUCCUUACAGUGAUGAUAUUCUGAAGGACAUCUUUGAUUUGAUUGUUAGAUCUUUCAAAGAACUAAACAAAACAAAUAGCCCAUAUUUUGGUAGAAAAGUCGUUAUUUUAGAGACCCUGGCAAGAUAUAGAUCAUGUGUUGUUAUGCUGGAUCUCGAAUGUGAUGAUCUUGUGAAUGAGAUGUUCAGUACUUUUUUCAAAGAAGCCAGAGAGGAGCAUCCAGAAAGUGUUCUAAAAUCAAUGAAAACAAUCAUGACCGUACUCCUAGAAGAAAGCGAGGAUAUACGGGAUGAUCUUUUAGCUAUUAUUUUAUCCUCUCUAGGACGUAGUAAACAGGGUGUAAAAAAGGCUGGGAGGAGGCUUGCUAAGGAUUUGAUAGAACAAUGUGCCGGAAAACUUGAGCCUGGCAUCAAACAGUUUCUUAUAUCUUCAAUGUCUGGAGAAAGUAGGCCACAUGAUUUUAUAGACUACCAUGAUGUCAUUUAUGAUGUUUACUGCUGUGCCCCUCAAAUUUUAUCAGGAGUUGUUCCUUACCUCACAGGGGAGCUUUUGACUGAUCAGCCCGAUGUACGACUAAAAGUUGUUAGCUUACUUGGGGAUAUCUUUGCUAUGCCCAAAUGCGUAAUCAAUGAUGCUUUUCGUUCAAUAUUUUUGGAGUUCUUAAAGAGGUUGACGGAUAUAACAGUUGAAGUUCGGAUGGCUGUCCUUGAAAGUGUUAAAGGCUGUUUGCUCUGCAAUCCAUUUAGAGAUGAAGCUCCACAGAUUAUUUCUGCCUUAUGUGAGAGACUGCUUGAUUAUGAUGAAAAUGUACGUAAGCAAGUUGUUGCUGUUCUAUGUGAUGUAGCAUGUUGCGCCUUAUCCUCCUUAGAUGUUGAGAAAAUCAAGCUUGUUGCUGAGAGACUUCGAGACAAAUCUUUCCUUGUAAAAAGAUAUACAAUGGAGAGACUAUCUGAGGUCUACAGAAAAUAUUGUUUGAGCUGUUCUAGUGGCUUGCAUAAAAGUUAUGAAUAUGAUUGGAUCCCUGGGAAGAUCUUGAGGUGUUUCUAUGACAAGGACUUCAGAUCAGAUGCUGUUGAACCUGUUCUGUGCCUGUCCUUGUUCCCUAAUGAAUUUUCUGUUAAAGAUAUUGUUAAAACUUGGCUCAGGGUUUUCUCAGGUUUUGACAAAGUUGAAGUCAAGGCUCUUGAAAAGAUGUUGGAACAAAAGCAAAGGUUACAACAAGAGAUGAGAAAGUAUCUUUCACUAAGGCAGAUGUCACAGGAUGGUGAUCCUGCUGAGCUCCAAAAGAAAGUAAUGGUAUGCUUCCACAUUAUGUCUCAUUGCUUUACUGACACUGCAAAAGCGGAGGAAAACUUUCAGAUCCUUGAUCAGUUAAAAGAUGUCAAUGUGUGGAAGAUUUUAGGACUUCUACUUGAUCCGAACACCAUCCUUCUUAAUGCUUGUAGUUCUCGGGAUGAGUUGCUUAAGAUCCUUGGUGAAAAGCAUCCACUUUAUGAUUUUCUGAGCAUUCUAUCCUUAAAAUGCUCGUAUAUAAUCUUCAGCAAGGAGCAUGUGAGAGAAAUCCUUCUGGAGGUGGACACUCAGAAGUCUGCUGGAAGUAACCAUAUGAUUCUAUCAUGCAUGACUGUACUCGUGAUUAUUGCACGUUUCUGUCCUCUUCUUCUUAGUGGCCUUGAAGAAGCCCUGAUUCAUCUUCUUGAAGAUGACAAUGAGAUCAUUAAAGAAGGAGUUUUGCAUAUUUUGGCAAAAGCUGGUGGAUCUAUUCGGGAACAACUGGGAGUUUCAUCAAGAUCAUUAGACCUUAUGCUGGAGAGGAUAUGCGUUGAGGGUAGUCGGAAGCAGGCAAAGUAUGCCGUGCAUGCAUUGGCAUCAAUAACAACUGAUGAUGGUCUUAAGUCACUCUCUCUUUUGUACAAGAGGCUUGUUGAUAUGCUUGAGGAGAAGUCACAUUUGGCUGCUGUUCUGCAGUCUCUUGGGUGUAUAGCACAAAUGGCUAUGCCAGUCUUUGAGACUAGGGAAAGCGAGAUUGCAAUGUUCAUAAAGAAAAAUAUUUUAGAGUGCAACCAAGCAUCAAUAGAUAAUGGGAAAGAAUGCUGGGCAGAUAGGAGUGACAUUUGUGUAUUGAAGAUUUAUGGCAUCAAAGCACUGGUGAAAAGCUAUUUACCAGUUAAAGAUGCUCAUCUUCGUUCGGGGAUUGAUGACUUGAUGUUAAUCCUUAAAAACAUGCUCUGCUUUGGAGAAAUCUCCAAAGAAAUUCAUUCAAGCUCAGUAGAUAAGGCCCAUCUGAAACUUGCUGCGGCAAAAGCUGUUCUUCGCAUAUCAAAACAAUGGGAGCAUAAAAUUCCUGUGGAUAUCGUUUAUCUCACUUUGAGAACUUCAGAGGCCAAUUUCCCUCAAGUAAAACAAAUAUUUCUGAACAAAGUUCACCACUACAUAAAGGACCGGCUAUUGGACCCCAAAUACGCUUGUGCCUUCUUUCUCGACAUGAAUCCCGAUCAAGUGGACAAUGAAGAGGUUGUCAACAAUAUAAGUGACAUCAUUCAGAUGUGUCAGCAAGGGAAAACCCGGCAUCUGUCUUCACAGUCUGAUGCAAAUGCUCCUAUGUGCUAUCCAGAAUACAUUUUACCGUAUUUGGUCCAUGUUCUUGCUCAUCAUCCAUCAUUCCCUAACAUUGAAGAAUGCAAAGACAUAAAAGCGUUCAAACCUUUUUAUAGGCAGUUGCAUCUAUUCGUCUCAAUGUUCAUACAUAGAGAUGAUGAUGGUAAAUCUCAAAUUAGCAAGGAUCAAGAGAAGGAAAGUAUUGCAGCAAUAAACUCUAUUUUUCAUAGCAUCAAGCAAUCACAGGAUGGCAUAGAUGCUAAAAGAUCUAAGAACUUGCAUGGCAUUUCUGACAUCGGCCUUUCAAUCACAAAGCGCUUUGCCUCUACAAAGGAGGACACUGAGGAAUUGAGCAGACGAGUGUCACUACCUACAUUGCUUUUCAAACAACAUGAGAAGGAUGAAGGGAAUGCCACUUCUCUGGUUGAAGAACAGACAUGGCUGGCCAAUGAGAGUGUCCUGCACAAAUUUGAGUCACUUAUACUGGAGACUAACGGGAAAGUUAAUGCAGACAUUACUGAAUCUGAUGAAAUGAAAGAUUGUGAAACAGAUGGAAGUGAGAUUCCUUUGGGAAAAAUUAUGGAAAAGCUAAAAGCCAAAAUGUCCAAGGCGCGAAAUACAUUGAAGAAGCAAUCUUCCCUGAUUGAGGUGAAAAACAAUGAUGUUGAUAUCUUGAGAAUGGUGAGGGAAAUUAAUUCAGAUACUGAAGCCAAUUCAAUUAAGUUUGAAUCAAGCAAUGGUUAUGAUUUUGUUGAAAAGGGGCAAGUCAGUAAUAGUCCUAACAAAAGGAAAACAAAUCUUAAUGAUUCAAGAGAUGCUUCUGUUCCUAAAAGACAAAAGUCAUCCUCUGUUCAAGAUGUUAAGCCAUCUCUCACACCAAAGGCUUCUGAGAACCCUAAGGAGAAUCAUAAGGUGACCACCUCGAAUUCUAGUGAAAGAGAUGAAGACCUUCCCUCAACUUCUUCAGAAGAUAAGUUGUCAGAAGAAGAUACUAUUUCAGAGGAUUAUAUGUUGACUUCGUCAAAAAGAAAACGUAAAGUUUCUGAUUUGGAACAUGAAGCUGGCACCAAGGACUACCAUGAAGAGAAUAAAAUUAAAGAGGAUAUUGCAACUGACGGGACACACAAUUCAAGUAAUUCCAAGGCAGGAUCUAUCAAGACACCAAAGAAGAAAGACAGUUUUGGGCUGACAAAGUGCACUUCCAAGGGUAGUGAAAGUCAAACCAAGGAUUUGAUUGGCUGCAGAAUACAAGUUUGGUGGCCCAUGGAUAAGCAGUUCUAUGAAGGAGUUGUGAAGUCCUUUGACACUCAGAAAAAGAAACAUGUGAUACUAUAUAAUGACGGAGAUGUGGAAGUCCUCCGGUUGGAUAAGGAACGCUGGGAGCUUGUUGACAACCCCGAUAAUCAUAUAAAGCAAUCAAAAUCAUCUAAAGACGCAAGGUCCAAGGGAGGAUCUGGUGAUAAUAGGAAAGGGAAAUCUUCCGUUGGGUCAGCGCAAAAGAAAGGGGCUGGCCAUAUGUCUUCGUUGUCCCAAGUAACAAGGAAGAGAACACCAAGAAAGAAUUCAAAAUAUAAACAAGAAGGGAGAUCAAAGAGCAAGCCCCUAGGCAUACAAGAAGAGAUUGUGGAAAAGAGUUCAUCUGACCUCGACAAGUCUGAGAAGGAAGAAAGAUCACUCUCUGAUGGGAGACACGGGGUUGGUGCGGAGAAUGACUCAUCUGACUCUGAAAAGGAAUGUGACUCUGAAAAUAAAGUGGAACAACAAGGGACUCCCCACGAGGUGUCCAUUCCAGAUAAACAAGAAAUGUCUUCAGACGAGGACUGUCAAGUGCAUAGACCACAUACCCCAGACAGUUCAAUGGAUGAUGAAUCAGAUGAGGAAACUACACCUGCAGCAGAUGCUGAGUUUUCUGAUGAUGAGACUUUGAUAACGUGGAAGCUUCGGAUGGUGAAAUCAAGCUGAACCGAAGCAGUAAUGGCAGUCUCUCUCUCUCUCUCUCCAUGUAUCUCAGAGACAUGUUUUGAAGUUUUUAAUCGUCAAACGUUUGACAAUAAUCACAAAGAAGUGAAGUACAGAUGACAUCUAUAUAGCAGGCGGAGUGGAGUGUAGCAUUCUUUAGGAUAAAAACCAUGGCUCCCAACCAAAAUUAUCAAGUGUAGCUGUCCCUUGUGCCCUUUUGUUCUUCUUGUAGUAGCCACACUACUAUUUUUUUCCCUUUCUUUGUACCCCUCCUGUACAGCUCUAAUUUAGCAAAGAUCUCCAUAAUUUGUGCAGAAGCUUAGCUUUUGUUGUA